AUGGCUCAGAACGCUUUCACCAUGGUCCUUGACCUUCCUGCCUUCCUCAAGCAAGCUCUCGAGCUACGUACGAUGCAGUACGACUUAGUUCUGCCCAAAGACUCUGUCCUCCACGUCACCCUCACCACCGACCAGCCUCUUGGCCAUAGACUCGAUCCCUCCAUCAAGACUCUGUUCUUCCACGAUUGCAUGAGAGCCAGUCCUCGUGCCAGGUGUGUCAGAUGUCUGACUCAACCUCUUCACUUGCAGCAUGUUGACUUCCCAAUUUUGUGGGUCAAUCGCCUCGUCCGCCUAGAGGCCCUCGAUGUCCUCCUUUCUCGCAACAAGCUCAAGGGAGUGAAAGUGCAGUCCCCUGACCUGCUCGUGCGCUUGUGUGGCCUUCCCAAAUUCACAUUCCAAGAGCUUCACAUCGAUGCUGGUGACUUGACUGAGGACGGCAGUGAAGCUGAUUGGCUUCAGCCAAUCAAAGACCUUGCGGCCCGAGGCAAUGGUACCUUCGAGCACGUCGUUGUCACUGCCGGCCUUCACCUCAAGGGUGGUCGCCACGUCGAAGGUCCCGCCCGUCGUCUCCUCAGAUUGGCCAUGAAUCUCACCGCCCUGGCUCCCGCCAGCGCCGAGGUCACCACGACCUGGGCCCGCCGCUCCGGCUGCCGCGACGGCCAGGGCAGGCUUUCCAUCCCAAAGGUGGAAGCCGUUCGCCAAGAAUUCGACGACGAUGUCAAAAUCGUUCUUCUUGGUGGUGGUCGUGGGGCUGUCGCGGGCAAGCAGACCUAUAAGUGGGUUUUGAUCGAGUCCGAUCCCUUCAUUCAGGCCAGGUAUAAGGCCAUGUACGAGGCUCGUGUUGCGGAGUUGGCUGCUGCUGCUGCAGAGAAGGAGAAAGCAUGA